AGCCAUUGGGUGUGCGGUCUCCUUUGUAAUAGAACUGCUUUCUUUCGUGUUAAUAUUUCUCGUUUACUUGUUUUUCGCCCCCUUUAAAAAUAUAGUUUCAUUUUUUCACAACGGACCCCAAUUAGAUACGCCGACCACAUGAUCCGAGCACUUUUAACACUGUGGUCACCCAGUGCAGUCAGCAUACGAACAGAAGACGAGGCUCAGAGCCAGCGCCCGGGCCAAGCUCAGUUCCCGGGACAAAUUCGAGCUCGCUGGGAGAUGCACCACCGUUCCGGUCAUAUCUCGCGACACCCCCGAAUGAUAGCCCUUGAAAUGGCCGGGCGUGAGAAUCCGUCCAAUAUGUUGGACCGAGUCGAGCCAAACAAUCAGCAGCCUCCUGCGGAGCAGGAUCCAGACUUGAGCGAGUCGGAGCCAGAUGAGGAGUUCUUUUUUCAGGCUUACGAUAGAGGUUACUCGGUCCGCCGUCGGAGCAACUUCACCAUGCCGCGCUCGGCAGUCGACGAGCCCGUCAGUCAGCCCAUCAUUUGGCUGGCCCUGGAGGCACUGGAGAAGCGUAACCGCAAAGCUUCCGCUUACCGAAACCGAGGUUCCGCGGAAUUUGUGGCCCAGUUCUUGGCCAAACAUCUGACCAUGGAAGUCUUCAAUGCUGGCAAUCAGCCCGGCUAUGGUCCCUCCAACAUUCGACCGACGUCUCCUCCACCACGCCCACCAGGUGUCAACUAGGAAAAAGUCUAUCCACAUGCUGCUCGGGGGUACAGUCGGGCUGGUCGGCGUCCAAAAUUUCGCGUGAAUGCACACACUUCAGGAAGCUACGCCCAAUUAAGAAUCAAAAUUCAUGAGAAGCUCGGGGGCACAAUUGAAAUUGUGCUGUCGAUAUGCACUCUCCCGUGACGACACAUCCUGCAACAAUCUUUGACCCAGCCAGAUACUAGUUUCAAAAAUUCAAAAGACGUUUAGCAGAAAGAGGGGCGGCAUCAGAGGCAUCGAGAACCGAUUCCAUUUCAAAUUAACCAAAAGAAACAAGGCUUCCAUAAUAAAUUCCGCAUGAAAAGUGUUGAUUACUAUUGACACGAGCCCCA